AUGACUAUUUCAAAGUUAGAUUUGUUUUCAUCUUAUUUCUACUUUAAUAUAAGAGGUUCAUCUAAUAGCAAAGGCACACUCUUUGGGUCUAUUUUAUCUCUACUAAUUAUAACCAUUACAAUUUCAUAUUUAUGCUACCUUUUUUAGCAGUAUUUUACUAACUAAAUAGAGCCUAAUUACAGAUCUUAAAGCUUUACAAAUAGUGAUUCAAUAAGUAUGGAUUUAACUGAAGAUCUUAUAGCAUUUAGGUAUGAAUCUGAGUUCAAUCUAAGUGUAGAUGUUUUGGAAGCUUAAUAGAAUAAGACUUACAUAGUUUAUUUAGCUUAAUUUAUUUAUAUGAAUCAAGGCCAAUAAAAUAUUAUUACUUUAAAUGUGGUAUAAUGUACAAGCCCUGAAUUAGAAGGAUAUUACUGCUUAGACUAUUCAUCAAUAAAAAUGAGUUAAUCCUUAAUAUCUGAUAAAAUUAACAAAAUUUUGGCUUCAGUAUAGAUUUUAGUUUAUGGGUGUCUUGAUUUAGAUUCUCUAAAAACAACUAUUCCAGAUAACUGCGCUAGCUAAUCAGAUAUUGAUAAUUUAAUGAAUUCUAUAUAUUCUGCAUUAAAAAUCUCUAUAAAAACUUCACAAUAUAAUACUAAAUCUUAGAGAUUAGAGUCAUCCUACAGAAACUAUCUAAUGUUUACCCUAUCAAAUCAAUUCAUCUAAUCAGUUUUAAAGGUACAAAAGCAAACAACUACUGUCAAGUAAGGCAUACUGAUUUAAUCUUCAACUAAUUUUACUUCUCCUCUAUAAUAUACAUCAGAAACUCAAUCACUAGAUAGGUAGUCUGCAAUUCAACUAGCUAAUUUAGCUUGUUAUGCUUUAGGAACCAUACAAGUAGAUGAGUUGUAUUAGGAAAUUUAUGUACAGUAUCCUACAAUUCCGACCAUUUUAUCUCUUGCAAACAAUAAUUGCUUAGAAGAGUAGUAAUAAAUACAAAUUAAUAAUAAUCAAUUAUGUUUAAAUUAAACAGAUGAAUCUGAAAUAAAAAAUAUUGAGGAAACAAAUAAUGAAGAUAAAACUUAGGAAAAAUAGAACAAAAUAAAGAGUUCUAUCUUUUUAAGGUCAGUUAAAACGUUGGACAUGUAACAUUCAAUCAAUAAAAAAGUGAUGGCUGAUUAAAAUUUUAAGUAAGAUAAUAAAUAUUCUGAACCCCCAAAGUUACACUAAAUCUUCUAAAAAAUUCAAUAAUAAUAAAAUUAUAAUUUAUCAAAUGAUGAAGAUAGCAUGAAUAAAUCAAACAGUUAUUCUUAGAACUCGCCAAAUAGUAUUAAAAAUGAAAAAAAUUAUAACAACAGAAAUUCUUUUUAUCAUCAUUAUUAAAUUUAAAACGCAACAAUUUUGUAACAAUUUCAAGAUUCAAAUCAUAAUUCAUUAUCUCCAAGCAAUUUUAAACUGAAAAACCAUAAUAUUACAUAAGAUAAUACAAUAUUUAAUAAAUGUUUAUCCUUUUAAAUGAAGUAAAAAAAUUUAAUAGGACACCCUGAGAAAUAGUUGGUUUUAUAGAAAAGGUUAUGCCAAAGGCAAAAAUCUGAGAAUGACCCAAAGACCUUAAAUAAUAAUUAAAAAAAGAAAAUUUAAAAUAUUGUCUAAAAAGAUUUUGAUAUCUUUUAAUUUUAUAAAGAUAUUUUGUUUUUGAAAAAAGCAGUAAUGAUUUUACUUGAUGAAGAUUAAUUAGCUGCUUUACAACAAGUAGGAUGCUCAAAUUAAUUUUUAGAUUUAGACUUAAAAGAAUUAGAAAAAGAUACAACUAAUUUAGAUAACCUAUGUAACCAUUAUGAAAAAUAAUAUGCUAUUUCCUUAUCAGAUGAACUAAAAAAUCAAUUUCUAAAAAAUUUCUAUGAGAAAUUCUAAAAUAAAAAAAAGCUAACUAAUACAGAUUUAAAAAUUAUGUCUUCUAUUAUCAAAAUUUGA